GCAAAAUGAAGUACAAUCGUGUAGUACAUCUCGCAAUGUUUUUUUCCGCUUUGUUUGAAAAAGCACAUGGAUAUUUUGGAUAUGUUCAAACUCUGUGUCGAGUAAGCUCCAUAGAAAAAACUGAGUUUAUCUACUCAGUCACCUACAACAAGAUUGAAUAUAUUAGAUAUAACAGUACUGAGGAUAAGGCUGUUGGUUACACUGCAUUUGGAGAGAAAUGGGCUGAAGAAUACAAUAAAAACAAGAUUUUACUAGCACAGGCAGAAUUUGGCAUUAAAAACUGCAAAGAAGCUGCACAGAUUAUUGUCCCUAAUGCAGGGAUGACAGUUAAACCAGAAGUCAUUAUCCGGUCAGCCAGGGAAGCUACAGGGAAUGAGAAAGCUGUUCUGGUGUGCAGUGCCUAUGACUUCUAUCCCAAACACAUCAAACUGACGUGGUUAAGAGAUAAUAAAGAAGUGACGGCUGAUUUGACGUCCACUGAGGAGCUGGCUGAUGGAGACUGGUACUACCAGAUCCACUCGCACCUGGAAUACUUCCCUAAACCUGGAGAGAAAGUCUCCUGUGUGGUGGAGCACGCCAGCUCCAACAGACCCAUGAUCUAUGACUGGGAUCCUUCUCUGUCAGAGUCUGAAAGGCCUAAGAUCAUUCUUGGGGCUGUGGGGCUGCUGAUAGGGGUUUUUAUGGCAGCUGGAGGACAGAUCUACUAUAAAAGAAAACAAACAGGUUGGUAUUCAUAG